AUGACGACCGAAUCCGUCAGUCGGGUCAAUGUGUGGCGCAAGACGGAUGCGCUCGCACUCCGACUACGACGAAGGUCAGAUCGCAAUACGCGUCCAACCGCUCGAAAGCAGCGGGCAGACUAAGGCCCUCCUCGUCACCCGCAGACAACUGAUCGGUUCUCGCCAAGUCGCGCUCGAGGUCGUACGACUCUUACGCGAAGUCGUUUCCGCAGCCAAGUUCUCGACCUUCCCUCAACUCGUGCAGCAUCUCAAUGAAAUCGGUCGAAUGCUCCAGGAUGCGGGGCCCAAAGGUGAGCCGCUCAGGACUCUGGCUCUCGUGCUCUUUGACUCGACGCAUCGCCGAGCCGACACGAUAGCGGCCGGGGGCACAGGCCUGGGUCGUGGACACGUCCAGGUCGUCGCACUGGAACAGUAUUGCCCACAUCGAACCUACGCGGGUCUAUGCGCCAUACCUGCAUGGUCCGGUGACAUGGCUUCGUGCUGACCGGCGCUACCCCUCGUCUGUGCGAAUCUCGUCCCCUUCCGACGCAGAACUCGUCAUCACCAACAUGACACGGCGCAUCAUCAUGCUCAUCUCAGAAGAGUACGCCACCGCCCUGUCCAACUUCCUCGCCGACGCGACCUCUUCCUCCGGCCCAGCCACACCCAUGUCGAUCCCACCUACACCCGCCUUGGGUCCCGAGUCGAGCGCCAACGUUUCCUUCUUCAACGAACGUGACCUGUCCGGACCUUCGCGCGGUGGCCGACAAGGCUCGAUGCUCGGAAGCAUGUUUGAUCUUCUGGGCCACAAGCCUGCAUCCCCUUCGACGUCGGCUUGGGGUUCGGCAGGUCUCGCCAGCCCCGGAUUGGCCACGACCUCGGCGUUCGCCGCCUCUCAGCCUCUCUCGGCUCUGUCGACACCCACCUCGUCCAAGAACGCGUCGCCUACGACCUCCCCCUCAGCUUCCGUCAUCCUCCAACGCCCCGUCCUUUCCCUUCGAGCUCCCUCACUCGCGACCCCGCCCCUCCCCCAUGUCCAGAUCGCGCUCGAGGACGACUUUUCCAAAAAGAGCUUUAGCCUCAAACCCGUCUUUAUCGAAGCGAUCCAAGAACUUAUGGACGAGGUCGAGUUCACCUAUCGAUCCGUAGGCGAACAAUCGAUCGACCACAUCCAUUCGGGCGAAACGAUCUUGACGCUUGGGCACUCGCAAACGGUCCUGUCGUUCCUCAAAGCCGCUUCUCGCAAACGCAAAUUCACCGUCCUCGUCGCUGAAACGGCCCCCUCGUACUCGGGUCGUCAGACCGCUCUCGCCUUAUCCCAACAUGGUAUCCCGACGAUCCUCAUUCCCGACUCCAACAUCUUCGCCCUCCUCCCACGAUGCUCCAAAGUCCUCUUGGGACCUCAUCUCGUCCUAGCCGAUGGUGCCCUCCUCUCCAUCGCCGGAAGUCUCCCCCUAGCCCUCGCCGCCAACAGAAUGAGGGUCCCCGUCGUGAUCGUUGGUGGGAUGUUCAAAUUCUCCCCCGUUUACUUGGGGGAAGUCGAUUGGGGGAUUUGGGAUUUGGGGUCCCCGCAAGAAGUGUUGGAUGCGUCGGAUGCGAAGAAGAAGAUGCCGACUUCGACUGUGGGAGGGGAGGAUGCGGGCGAUGAGACGGAGGUGUUGAACCCUUAUUAUGAUGUCGUACCGGCGGAAUUGGUCAGCCUUUAUAUCACCAACUUGUACGUCUUUUCGUGGGCUGGGUCCAACCUUUGAUGCAGAUAUGGGAUACACUCGGAGCUAAUGCGUUGUUUUGUUCAUCCUUGCAGGGGGGGUCAUCCGAGCUCAUUGCUGUACCGGUUGUUGAACGAGACGUACGGCGGGGCAACAGCAUAG